CAAGAUGUGACAAGUGAGAUACACACACGUCUCGUGAAUAUUCUUGAGAUGCUGUGGCAACAUGCAAAAUGAGAAGUGAACAUGUACGGAAAAAUGUUCCGUGUCUGGAGAGACCUUCCUAUGCUUGCUGAUUGCAUGAAAACCUGCUUCAAUGGCCCUAGUUCAAUGAUGAGAGAUCGUAGUUCAAAGUAUGCACAGAUGUGGCGAGAGUUGAACAGCUUCGGAGCUCGAUGCCUCGGUGCAAGUGUACAGUCACCUUACGAGCAGUCCAUGUCCGCUCUUCGAUCGGGACUUGAGGAGGAGCUCAGCACCAUAGAAGAAGGUCUAGAGCCAACGACAGAUCAUGACACAAGGAAAGGCGAGGAGGUCAACAAAAGUACAGAUAGCGUGUAUGUGGAUUCUUUACGCCGCUAAGCCUCUUCUUUGGUGGGCCAAGGAAAACAUCGGAUAUGUAGACGUCUCAGAAGAGGACGAGGCAGCCUAUUUCGAAGGCGGUGUUUUAUAUCAAGGGCCACAAACAAUGUGCCUGCGAAGGUGGGGCUUCUGGCUGUCUCGCCUCGAAGAACUUGGAAAGGAAGAGUCGGGCAUGAGCCAAGAAAUUCGGAAGCUUGUACUCGAGGCCGCGGAGACUAUGAGAACGAUAGAACGAAG